GAUUACAGCCAAUGUAUGCGCAGUAGCAGCGGUGAAGAUGAGAUUCAUAAUUUUUGCACUAGUUUGCAUAGGCUUUGUCCUCACUGAGGAACCCUUCCACUACGAUGGGUAUAAGGUGUACCAGAUCAUACCAAAAACUGUGGAUGAAGCCUACUAUUUGAGGUCAUUAAACGAAGCUCCUGAAUUUGACUUUUGGGCCCAACCUAGGGCUCUCAAUGCCACAGUCACUGUUAUGGUUUCACCAGGGACACAGGCUAGCUUCGAAAAUGACUUGCUAGCCAAAAAUAUGGAUUUCAGUGUUAUCAUUGAUGAUGUUGAAAGCACUGUACAAGAUGAAAACUUCCGCCAAAGUAGAACUAGAUCAGUUGCAAGAGGAUCCGUGAGCUUCACUUACUUCAUGCGUUACGAUGAGAUUGUAUCCUACUUAUACACAAUUGCAGAAGCUUAUCCCAACAUAGUCCAACUCCUGGUAAUUGGUCAGUCAUACGAAGGUAGGGAUAUAGUCGGUGUACGAAUUUCAGGAGGCUCCGGUACAAAUAGGCCAGAAAUCCUUGUUGAUGCUGGCAUCCACGCCAGAGAAUGGAUCGCUCCACCAGUUGCUUUGUAUAUAAUUAAUCAACUUGUUGAAAACACAGCAAAUGGUUAUUUGAGUCAAGAUGUAGAUUGGGUAAUUAUUCCCAGCUUAAAUCCUGAUGGUUAUGAGUUUACGCACACUAACACCCGUCUUUGGAGGAAGACCCGUACUCCAAACACUUCUUGUUACGGCGUCGAUCCCAAUAGGAAUUUCGACUACCACUGGAUGUUAACAGGUGCUAGCGACAAUCAGUGCUCUGAGAUAUAUGCCGGGCCAACGCCAUUCUCAGAAAAGGAAACUCAAGCCUUGAAGGACUACCUCUCGGCCAACGAAGAUAGAAUUAAACUGUAUCUCACAUUCCACAGUUACGGAAACUACCUUCUCUACCCAUGGGGAUACACCAGCGCCCUGCCCGACAACAAUGACGAACUCUACGCUCUUGGCGUCAAAGUUAAUAACGCUAUUCGUGCCGUUUCUGGAACCAAUUACAUAAUAGGAACUUCCACUAACGUCUUGUAUGCUGCUGCAGGAGGCAGUGACGACUACGUUAAAGGUGUCAAUGGCGUAGAUUUGGCGUAUUGUAUUGAGUUACCAGGAGGCGGUAACACGGGUUUCAAUCCUGCCGCAACAAGCAUUUGGCCCAUUGUUCAGGAGACUUGGGAAGGUGUCAAGGCUUAUCAUGACUACAUUAAAGAGAAAUACGUAUAAAAAUUGUAACAAUAUUAGCCAUCUAAUCACUAAUAUAAAUAAAUAUGUAUAACUAAA